GCUCUUUCUCUAAGCUAUAUAGAAAAAGAAAUGCACAGAGGCUUGGGCUUGAUAUUGUUGGUUAGAUGCCACAAAUGUUUACUAACAAAUUCAGUCACCACGGGUAAACAGCACAACUGGGCAAAUCGACGCUUGUCUCAUUUUGACGUAAAUACUAAAGCAGUAAUCGGUGUUCUUCAUGGUGGAUUAGGACAUACACAUCUCAACAAAAUACUGUCUUGUUUAAAUAUUCCAACUAUCUCUCUCGAUUUCAAGACAUUCAAGAGAUAUGAACAAAAAGUUGGACAGGCAACAGAGAGUAUUGCGAACAGUGUUGCCAACGUAAAAUAUGUUUCACCGUCAGAUUUGUUUAAAAAAAUCACUAGAAAAUCGUCAGAUUUUAAAUGA